AUGUCGAUGGUCUUUGACGAGUACGGCCGCCCGUUCAUCAUCCUGCGCGACCAGGAGCAGAAGGAGCGCCUCGAUGGCAUCGAAGCCAUCAAGAGCAACAUCCUCGCGGCCCGCACGGUGUCGAACCUCCUGCGCACGUCGCUCGGGCCGCGCGGCAUGGACAAGAUGCUGGUCAGUCAAGACGGCGACGUCACGAUCUCGAACGACGGCGCCACGAUCCUCGAGCAAAUGCACAUUGAGCACCGCGUGGCCCACUUGCUCGUGGAGCUGAGCAAGUCGCAGGACGAUGAGAUUGGCGACGGCACGACCGGCGUCGUGGUGCUCGCAGGCGCGUUGCUCGAGCAGGCCGAGAAGCUCUUGGCGCACGGGCUCCACCCCAUGCGCAUCGCCGACGGCUUUGAAGAAGCGUGUGACUUGGCGUGCACGCACUUGGAAGCGAUUGGCGACGUGAUUUCGUUUUCCGAGCAGGAAUCGACGCCAUUGGUCGAGACGGCCAUGACGACGCUGUCGUCGAAGAUUGUGAACAAGUACAAGCGCCAGAUGGCGCAAAUUGCCGUCGAUGCGGUGAUGAAAGUGGCCAAUUUCGAGACGAAAGACGUGAACUUUGAGCUGAUUAAAGUCGAAGGCAAACCGGGUGGCACGUUGGGCGACACAGCGCUGAUCAAUGGCAUUGUCAUUGACAAGGACUUUUCGCAUCCGCAGAUGCCCAAGGAAGUAAAGGACGCCAAGAUGUGCAUUCUCACGUGCCCGUUUGAACCGCCCAAGCCCAAGACGAAGCACAAGGUGGAUAUUACGAGUGUCGAGGCCUAUGAACAGCUGCAUAAGCAAGAACAGGAGUACUUUACGACCAUGAUCAAGCAAGUGAAAGAUAGCGGAGCCAACUUGGUGAUUUGCCAAUGGGGCUUUGAUGACGAAGCCAACCACUUGCUGUUGCAGAACGAACUACCUGCCGUGCGCUGGGUCGGUGGGGUCGAGCUUGAGCUAAUUGCUAUUGCAACGGGCGGGCGUAUCGUACCGCGAUUUUCGGAACUUACAGCAGAAAAGCUGGGCCGUGCCGGUACCGUGCGCGAGGUCGCUUUCGGCACGACAAAGGAGCGCAUGCUCGUGAUCGAAGACUGCGCGAGCUCAGACGCUAUCACAGUGCUGGUGCGUGGUGGAAACAAGAUGAUUGUGGAGGAAGCAAAGCGUUCGUUGCAUGAUGCCAUGUGCGUGACGCGUAACCUGAUCAAAAACAACCGUAUCGUAUACGGCGGAGGUUCCGCUGAAAUCGCUUGUGGUAUUGCCGUGCGGGACCACGCUGAUAACACCAAGGGUAUCGAACAGUAUGCCAUUCGCGCCUUUGCCGAUGCCCUCGAGGAUGUUCCAAUGGCUCUGGCGGAAAAUAGCGGUCUGAGCCCUAUUGACUCGCUUUCGGCUGUGCGCGCGCAGCAGAUUGCUGAAAAGAACCCGCGACUCGGCAUUGACUGCAACUCAACCGGCACAAACGACAUGAAGGAGCAGCAUGUGUUUGAGACCCUGAUUGGCAAGCAGCAACAGCUGCAACUUGCCACCCAAGUCGUGCGAAUGAUUCUAAAGAUUGAUGAUGUCAUUAUUGAUGGCUCGUACGCGUAG